UAUUGGCACUAGAAUGUAUGCAAUGUGACAAAAACGCCGCCUGGUACUCAGAAGAGGAACACGAACGUCAUAUUGAAAUGUGUCAGCAUGGACUUGUGCCACCAACUCCCUGUCGUAAUAGCUCUCAUACGCAUUGUAUCGUCAGCUGGUAUCGUAGCGGUGGAAGUACAGAACGAGUUGUCACCGAACGAAAAUGUGGAGGUGUUGAAGAUGUAACAGGAUGCACUUUGUACAAUUCAAAGAUCAGCCGCAAGGUGAGCUCUCACUAA